AUGAGUGUUGUUCCAUAUGCAUAUGAAUGUUAUAAGUCUAGCGUACUUCAAUAUAAAGAAUAUACUCUCAGAAUUACUGAUAAUGCUUUAGUCAUACAUAAAGAAGGUGCUGAUGAAGACAUUACCAUCGGUCCUGGUAUAUUACCUAUCGAGCAACCAGAUGGUACAAUUGUUGAAACAGACUUAAAUCAAUACCUUCAAGCGUUACAGAAUCGUGUGACAAAAGUAGAGAAUAAUUACUUAGAUGCUCCAUUCUUCACAACUGAUAGAGAUUAUAUGUUUUCAUGUAUGGCGAGUAAUGGUUUGCAAGAAACUCGUGAGGUAAAUAUUAAUGAAGCAUUAGAGACUAUAAUAUAUCAUGUUAAACGGUUAUUAUCGAUUGACCAUGGAGUUCAUUUUGACCCAAGGUCUACACUGUUCAAUAUACCAAUGAUUGAAAACAGUCAAUUAACAUUUAAAGAAGAUACAUUGUAUAAUGCUUUAAACGCAGCAUUUGCUUAUAUAUUAGGUCAUGAACAAGUACAAAAUAGUGGUAUUGCAAUAUACUUAGAUAAAGUUAUGUUAAAGAAACCAUUGACAUUCACAGAAGAUGGUCCAAAAGCAACUGGUAUUGUUGGUGAUGGAACAUUAUUGACGAAAGAAUACUUAGCAAGUCAUGUCGGAGAAUUUUUCUCCACUAAUGAUAGCAUCAGUACAACACCAGAAGUUAUUUUAUUGAAGAAACCAAUCACAUUUGAUGUUAAAGGAAAGACAAAAGCAACUGGUAUAGCUGGCGAUGGAGUUCUUCUGACUAAGGAAUACUUGAAGAAAAAUAUCAAUGACUUCGUUGAAAUUGUCAAAGAUAAAGAAUCUGGUCUUAAGUUCAACCCUUUAUCAUUCAUCUUUGCCAUAGCAAACGCCGGUGCUACUGCAGCCUCAUGGAUAUCACUCCAGAGUCAAAUAAAUGCUCUUUGGGCUUUUGUUGAAAGUCAAGAAGGUAUAGAUACUGUUCUUGACACUCUGGGUAAUCUUGGUCCAAAUCAUAAAGGAGGUUUUGUGGAUGGAAUAAAAAAUUUAGUUGAAAAGACUAAAACAAGUUUCCAGAAGAUAACUCAUAUAGAAAGAUUCAGAAAUGAAGGUUAUAUGGAACUUGAGAGUUUUGAUGUGACUGGACCUUUGGAACCAAUUCCAAUGCCACGUGAUGCUAAUGAUGAAGAAGAGAAAGAUCCUGGACCAAAAACAAUCAUUUCUACGUUAAGUACUUUGUACCCUG